CAGAGCUCCGGGUCGCACCAAUACUCUUUAAUGAGAAGUGCAUGGCACGCGACACUGAUAAAUUAUUACGGUGGAAUUGCAAGCAGCUAGAGCAGGCAUUGAUGGGUUCGCGAUCAUGAUGCAAGCAACUCUAUGCCCUUCCCGAGCUCUGUUAUCCGACUAUGGGCUGCCCGACUCGCCUCGAAGAUCGCUCUAUGCUCGGCGAUGACCUACGAUUUAUACCAACUCUCGAAGGCGAAAAGCAAAGACGGUUCAAGGAAGUUGGCGGUAAAUGACGAGAGCCGAAGGCGAUGGUGGAGCAGUGUGAGGAGCGAAGGUGGUCAUCUUGAAGAUGUCUUUAUUCGCUCGCUCGUGGCGGCAGGGUCGUGCCGACAGCAUGCACAGCGCAGGGUAGAUGGCCGCACAGCGACCAAGAGAGAUUGUGGGAAGGCAAAGCGACGCUCAUAUGCGACCAGUUGUGCAACAGCUCGACGCUUCUCUACGUACUCUUCUCAGCGGCAAGUGCCAGCAGCCCUACCGUCUCCGGUCGAUAUCACCCGGAACGAAUAUAGGGAGUUGGUCAAUAUCUACAAAUCUCCAACAGACCUUUGGGACUACUGCGCUGCGUCUCUUCCGCUCAUACCUCGAGCGUGACCUUGGGCACAUCCCGCAAGACCGCUUCUGGGACGUUUAUCGAACACUGCGAUCGCCGCGUCUCCGCUAUGUAGCCGACGACGACAUCCGCCGAGCAUUCCGCCACCUUAGCUGGGUAGAGUUCAGGGACAAUGACAGUAUGACCCGCUACUUCGCGUUCCUCGAAGAAUGUCUUGCCGAAGAGAUCCCGCUUAGUCCUGGUGAGUGGAACACGGCUAUAGCGUUCGCUGGUCGUUGGGUACGAUCUAACACCAGCCGCGAAGUCCGAGACGCGGUGGAAGUCUGGCUACGCAUGGAACGGCGCGGCAUUCAGGCCACCGAAGUGACCUUCAACAUCCUCUUUGACGUUGCUGUCAAGGCAGGCCGUUUCGCGCUCGCCGACACCAUCUUCAAUGAACUUAGGGCUCGCCAGAUGCCACUGACCCGCUUCUUCCGUACAAGCCGCAUUUAUUACUAUGGCAUGCGGGGAGACGGAGAUGGCGUGCGGCAAGCAUUUCGAGACCUCGUCAACGCUGGGGAGAUCGUAGACACAGCGGUCAUGAACUCAGUAAUCCUCUCAUUGGUUCGAGCAGGCGAAGCAGCCGCCGCCGAGAAUGUCUUCGCCAGAAUGAAGCGACUCGUGGAGCAGAAGCUCGGCACAGAAGCAGUGCGGACGUGGCAGAAGAGUAAACAACUUGGUGUCAUGCUGGACAGGACCGCAAAGCACUUGAGGCGGCAACGAAAGCAGCAUGAGCAGAGCUUCUUUGGCUCACCAUUCUCCGCAGACAGUCGCAAGGAUGAGGUACAGCGAGUGGUCCCAAUUGCUCCGAACGCAAGGACGUACCGCAUUUUACUGCAGCACCACUGUUACGUCUCAGGAGACUGGAAGAGGAUCCAUCAGCUCGUAGCCGAGAUGCGCACCAAGGGUCUUCAUGUACACGGAAGUGUAUACAUGCACAUUCUGCGCGGAUUCUCGCAGCACGGCGGCUAUGCUCUCUUCGACUGGAGCGCGGAAAACCUGGACAAGCUCUGGGCAGAUUUCUUACUUGCGGCAUCUGCCCCCAACAUUCGGUCAUCUUCAAUUGCACCGGACGAUAUUGAAACAGAUGAAUCGGAGACCAACCGCGCGCCCUAUUUCACCGCCGGAUUGGCAAAGGCUGCCGUCAGAGCGUUCAACAAGUGUACGGGAAAGAAGAAGAUGCUUCAAGUCUGGGACGAGAUCAAAGACAGAUGGAAAGAUAUGCCUGCCAGCGAUGAAGAGACUAUCCAGCAGGUUGUUGACAGGUUUGUGAAGGAUGAUAGCAUGUAUGUAGAGUAAAGUGUAUCGCUACUGAAGGCACGUGAGCCGUGGCUUUAUCGUGACAUGGUCUGUGCGAUAUCGCGUCUACCUGCCAUAUGUUUUGCCG